AGGGGAAGCUAGUCUUCAGUCAGGACAAACUCACUGAGCCUGACUAACACUAUACUUUAUUCCACCUGUGUUUCAGUAAAUAGCCUCGAAAUGUCAUCCGACAAAAAGCAAAAAUCUGAUGGGAUAAGUGGACUGCCUGCUCCACUCAGCAACUUGGAAAUUAAAUACACCAAGAUAUUUAUAAACAAUGAAUGGCAUAAUUCAGUCAGUGGUAAAAAGUUCCCUGUCAUUAACCCUGCUACAGAAGAAAAAAUAUGUGACGUGGAAGAAGGAGAUAAGGCAGAUGUAGAUAAAGCAGUAAAGGCUGCAAGAGCAGCAUUUGCGAUUGGGUCACCAUGGCGCACGAUGGAUGCUUCUGAAAGGGGAAAACUUUUGAAUAAAUUAGCUGAUCUCAUAGAACGUGAUAGCUUGAUUCUAAGUACUAUGGAAUCCAUAGAUGCAGGAAAACCAUUUGCUGCAUCCUACCUGGCUGACAUUCCGGGAGCUGUGAAAUCUCUACGUUACUGUGCAGGCUGGGCAGACAAAAACCAUGGUCGCACCAUACCAAUGGAUGGGGACUACUUCACCUUCACAAGACAUGAACCAGUUGGAGUAUGUGGUCAAAUUAUUCCUUGGAAUUUUCCACUUGUAAUGUUUGCCUGGAAAAUCGCACCUGCACUCUGCUGUGGCAAUACAGUUGUCAUCAAGCCAGCAGAGCAAACACCACUGACAGCUCUGUACAUGGGAUUACUUAUAAAAGAGGCUGGAUUUCCUCCAGGUGUAGUGAAUAUCGUACCUGGAUAUGGACCCACUGCAGGAGCAGCCAUAUCAAAUCACAUGGAUGUAAAUAAAGUUGCUUUCACUGGUUCUACAGAGGUUGGAAAGCUCAUAAAAGAAGCAGCUGGAAAAAGUAAUCUGAAAAGAGUUACACUGGAGCUCGGAGGGAAAAGUCCAGUAAUCGUAUUUGCUGAUGCAGAUUUGGACAUCGCAGUAGAGAUUGCACACCAUGGUCUGUUCUAUCAUCAAGGACAGUGUUGCAUAGCUGGAUCUAGGAUAUUCGUGGAAGAGACAAUCUAUGAUGAAUUUGUGCGCAAAAGUGUUGAGAAAGCAAAAAAGAGAAUUCUAGGAGAUCCUCUUACACCCGGAAUACAGCAAGGUCCACAGAUUGACAAAGAACAGUACGACAGAAUCAUUGGCUUAAUUGAAAGUGGAAAGAAAGAAGGAGCAAAGCUGGAAUGUGGAGGUGGCACAUGGGGUGACAAAGGAUUCUUUAUCCAACCCACUGUCUUCUCAGAUGUCAAGGAUGAUAUGCGCAUUGCCAAAGAAGAGAUAUUUGGCCCAGUACAACAGAUUCUGAAAUUUAAAACUAAUGAGGAUGUAAUUAAGAGGGCAAACAACACAACUUAUGGAUUGGCUGCAGGAGUUUUCACCAAAGAUCUUGAUAAAGCAAUUACAGUUUCCUCCGCCCUUGAAGCAGGAACUGUCUGGAUAAAUUGCUACAGUGCUCUGUCCUCACAGUGUCCAUUUGGAGGAUUUAAAAUGUCAGGAAAUGGACGUGAAAUGGGAGAAUAUGGCUUACAAGAAUAUACUGAGGUGAAGACCGUUGUCAUGAAAAUUUCACAGAAGAACUCCUAAACAUUUACAGAUUUCUCCUUUUCUUUUCCCUUCUUAAAUUUGCAACAAUCAUGUAAAAGAGUAUUAUGUUUUUGUAAAAACAAAUGAUGUUUUUAAAGCCUAAGUUUAUAUUUAUUGUCCCUAUAAAUAAUUCAUUUAGGUCGAGUGAACUGUUUACUGCACUAAAAGGUGUGCUUGCUGAGAAUGCUGUAUUAACUGUAUGCAGCCUUAGCUAUAUACAGUAUACAGUGCUGUGUUUUUUCAGCAGUGGUACACAGACUUGCAGUCCCAAUGCCAAAACAAAAUUGAGUUGGCUGAGCACUACUCAGCCAUUCAUGAGAAGCUUUGUAAUUUAUGAAAAAAUAGAAAGCUUCUUCUGAUUAACUGAGGCAGAUAUCGCAAUGUCAUCCUUCCACCUCUCUGGCUCAGGCAAUCACAGGAAGUUUUCUAUUCAUUCAUAAAAUACAAAGCUUCCCAUUAAUGGCUGAACACCACUCAACUCAACUAUUUUGUUUCAGGAGUGAGAUGGUAAGUUCCUGUCCCAUGGCGGGAAAACAGUGCUGUACACUUUAGCCCAGCAAGCGUACCAGUUAGUGCAGCAAAUAGUUUGUGUGUGCCAGCUUGGCCUAUAUAAACUAUUUAAAGGGACAUUAAAUGUAAAGUUAGGAUUUAAGGAUAAAAAGUAAUUCAAAUGAUAUUCAGAUAUAACUAAAUCUAAGGGACAUUUGGAAAUAAACCACAAUGUACAGUUCACACUACACAGCCUUAUUGAAAGAAGAACUUCUGCAAACUGCAAAAUACAAAACAUAAGCAUAAAUACAUAAAGUGGAAGGUUUUGCCUUUUAUUUUUGAAAGCACAAUUUAGAUGAACUAGUAAUAACUCUUAUGGAAAUUUUAGGCCUUAAAUGAGGCAACAAGGCCUGUGUCAUGAUCCUUUUUCUAUGUGAUCCUGACAACAACUAAUUAAUAAAUAUUGUGCAGGUUAACUCUCUCGAUUCACAUUUAUUAAGAAACAAAAACACUCAAAAGAAAUGUCAUUGCAGGUACUGAGCAGACAACCAUGCGAUAGAAAUAAACUCCAGGUUUUCAUAACGUAAGAUUAAUAAGCUUAAUUGUGAUUUUUAUCCUGACUAUAGUUCUCCCAGUAAGGCACUGGAAAGUGUGAUGACUAUAAGUAAAGUGCAGAAUGUAGAGAUAAGUGAACCAAUAUGGGUCACCAAUCAACAUCCAAAGAAUGGAUGAUUUACAAAUAACUGUGAAUAGAAGCUUAUAAUAAAUAAUAACUUAUAGGCCUUUGACUUUUAAUACCAGUCCUUUGGUUUGGUAAGAGUGCUUCAUGGAGGGACCCAAUAAAAAAAAAUAGGUCUUCCUCCCAAAACUCCAUCUGGAUGCUGGUGAUGUACGAUAGCUCUUCUUCUUUUGUAAUGUCCCUAGAGGAGGAUGUGGUGAUCUUUAAUGAUUAUGUGCAAGUGACCUGGUAAAUAGCUGCUUUUCAAUCCUGGUGAACUAGCAAGGUGCUAUUUAUACCACUUAUCCACUCACUGAGAUUUGUGUUUACAAAAACUGCCAGCCUAAAAUGUUUGGAGGGACCCUUUUUUAUUUUUCUACUUACAUUUUUUUUAAAGAAUUACAACCACACUAGAAAAAUUUAGCUCUAGCAGUACCCUAUACUAGCUAGUCAGAUUACAGUUUAUUGUUGGCUGGUUAGUAAAAAACCAAACCAUACUUGUUCUGAAAUACAGUCAUUACACUUUACACUGCUUUAGUUAAUACAAGGGAAUCUUUAACCAAGGUCAGAGAAUCUUGUCCUAGCUGGUUCCAACAGCUUCCAAAAAUUAUUAGUAUGGUCUAUUGCUAAACCCCUUUAUUGCAAGCAUGUCAGCUUUUGUAAAAUUGUACAACUAAAGUUCCUGCCUGCCGUUACAUCACUAAGCCAGAAAACAAUACUUUGUACUCCUUUCUUGCAGCUCACUCUAAGGGCUUGACUUCUCCAACUCUGUAGUUAAGCAAGUCUCAAAACUAAGUCAAGUCCUUAGAGUGCUUUUAGACAGGACUUUUAUUUUAUAAAAUUCCAACAGUUAAAUUUUAAGAUUUGGUGCAAUCAUUUUUACAGCUUUGUCCUAGCUGCAUAGCUGGGACAACUGCUACUUUUAAAAUCUUGCAUUUUUUUUACUAUGAUUUAGGAACCAUACAGUGACUUAUAAAGAAAUGCUGUCUUUAAAUCCUGUUUAGUGCACAUAACUAUCACUAGUUCAUUUUUUUUCCUAUACAGGCCUCAUCUAACUAGAAGCUAAUGUGUUAUACUUAUAAUGUACUCAGAAUUAUACGUUGUAAUGUUGGUUGUAAUGUUGGUUGUAGGUGUAGCCACAUGCUACCUACUAACUGUAGAGUAGUUUUCAUUCAAAGGUUUGUUUUCCAAACUACUACAACAAAGUGCUACAUGUAAUUGAUAAAUUGACUGUAAUUCUAAUGUGAACCAUGAAUAAAUGUGUUGUAUUUGAUGAA